AUGAAGAAGGAGCAAGUGCUGCACUGUCAGUUCUCCGCGUGGUACUCGCUCUUUAGAAGUGUCACCAUCAAGAGUGUUAUUCUUCCACUUCCUCAGAACGUGAAGGAUUAUUUACUUGAUGAUGGAACUCUGGUGGUUUCAGGAAGGGAAGAUCCUCCAACAUGUUCUCAGCCAGACAGUGAUGAUGAAGCAGAAGAAAUACAGUGGUCAGAUGAUGAAAACACAACCACACUAACGGCUCCGGAGUUUCCUGAGUUCACCACGACUGUCCAAGAAGCUAUCCAAUCUCUUGGGGGCAGUGUGUUUCCUAAGCUUAACUGGAGUGCCCCAAGGGAUGCAUACUGGAUAGCAAUGAAUAGUUCUCUGAAAUGUACAACCCUCAGCGACAUCUUUCUACUGUUCAAGAGUUCUGAUUUCAUCACUCGUGACUUCACUCAACCAUUUAUCCAUUGUACUGAUGAUUCCCCAGAUCCUUGUAUGGAAUAUGAGCUUGUUCUUCGAAAAUGGUGUGAAUUAAUUCCUGGAGCUGAGUUCCGAUGUUUUGUCAAGGAAAACAAGCUUAUUGGUAUUUCUCAAAGGGAUUAUACACAAUAUUAUGAUCAUAUUUCUAAACAAAAGGAGGAGAUUUGCAGAUGCAUACAAGACUUCUUCAAGAAACAUAUACAGUAUAAAUUCUUAGAUGAAGACUUUGUAUUCGAUAUAUAUAGAGAUAGUACGGGGAAGGUGUGGCUGAUCGAUUUUAAUCCAUUUGGUGAGGUAACAGAUUCACUGCUGUUUACUUGGGAAGAACUGAUAUCUGAACGAAACUUAAAAGGCGAUUUUAGUGAAGGAGAUGCUCUGGAGCAGGAUUUUCCAGCUUUCCGUUGUACAAACAGUGAAGCUACAGUCCAGCCAAGUCCCUAUCUAAGUUAUCGAAUGCCCAAGGACUUUGUAGACCUCUCUACUGGAGAAGAUGCUCACAAACUCAUCGAUUUCCUUAAGCUGAAAAGAAAUCAGCAAGAGGAUGACUGA